GCCAGCGGGGAAGAAAGAAGCCGAGCGGGCGGAAGGCGCCCUCCCCGCCGCCUGGGCCCGGGCACCGGGUGCCGGGCCGGGGUCCUUCCCGCCUCCGGCGACCGUCGGCCGCUUUGUUUUCCCCGCCUCAGCGCUUCGGGCGACUUGGGAGGGCUCUCGCCCGGGCUGCGCAGAGAACGCUGCGGCAGGAAGGGCGGCUGGCCGCGCCGGGACUCGCAGGGACCCAGGAGUCCGGCCGCCGGGAGGGCCGCGUGACGAGAUCGAGGAGGGAGCCAGAGCGCCGCGGGCCGGGGUAGCGGGCUCCGGGCGCCCGUGAGCACAGACCUCCCCGUCGAGGGGGGGGCGAUGUUCCCCUCCCCCGUGGGCUCUUCGGGCAGCCAGGGCAUCCGGCCACUGGGACCAGGGCCCCCUCAGUGGGCACCCCCUCAGGCUGCUCCAUGGAGACUCUGUGUCCCCCUCCCCGCCUGGCAGUGCCGGCGUCCCCGCGAGGGUCGCCCUGCUCCCCUACACCCCGGAAGCCGCGUCGGGGGACACAGGAGUUCUCUCCGCUGUGCUUGCGUGCCCUUGCCUUCUGCGCCCUUGCCAAACCCCGGGCGUCCUCUCUGGGCCUGGGGCCUGGAGAGCUGGCGCCACGGGCCCCGGUGCUGCGGGGCCCUCGAGCCUCCCUGUGCACCGGCGGCUGGGCCCCGGAUGGUCUGAAGUACCUCGGGGCACAGGCCGGGCAGUUCAGCGAUCCAAAAUACCCUGCGGGCGAGGAUGCCGGUGUCGCGGUGUGCCCGGGCGGCGGAGAGGAGGAAGAGGGAGGAGGCAGCUUCCCGCACUUCGGCGCUCGCUCCGACGCACCUCCGGGCCGCUGCCCGGAUCCCCGGCGUCCUCGGGAAUCUUCGACCAGCUCCGCCUCGGCUCCGCCUGGGCCAGACCAGGAUCUCGAGUCCCAGCCUGAUCCAGCCGCCUGCCCGCCUCAGGAUCCUGGCUCCCGGCCUCCGCCGCCACCUGCGGGCCUCUCCACCGAGCCCGCAUGUCCCGGGGCGGCUCCCGAGCCAUCCCUGCAAGGCCAGGAGGCUGCAGUGGAUGGAAACCUCCCGCUGGCGGCCCCCGAGGCAUCAGCGGUUAGUUCCUCGACGGCCAGCGCAGCUCCGGCCGCGCCGGGCGAUCUCCGCCAGGAACAUUUCGAUCGUCUGAUCCGCCGGUCGAAACUUUGGUGUUAUGCGAAGGGCUUCGCCCUGGACACUCCGAGUUUGCGCCGGGGUCCCGAGCGGCCGCCAGCGAAAGGGUCGGCCCGGGGAGCAGCCAAGAAACGCCGGCGGCCACCUCCGCCCCAGCGGAGCGCGCAGCCCCGCCGCCCUGCACCGACACUCCCCACCAAAAGCACCUUCAGCCUUCUGGACGCCUUUCCCUGCCCUCCGGCCCUGGUGGUGCGGGAGGACGGAGACUUAGGGCCUGCAUCUUCGCUUCGCCUACAAGGAGACGCUAAGCCCCCUCCUGCCCACCCCUUAUGGAGGUGGCAGAUAGGGGGACCCGCCGUUCCUGAGCCCCCUAGCCUCAAAUUCUGGGGGGUCAACCUGGAAGAACUCUAAGCGUGGGAUUUGUUCUGCCAAGUUUGGGAAAUUGGGGCUACUGCCAAACCGCGGGCUUGAGGAGACCGCCUCAUUUCCCACAUUUGCCUGUUCCCUUCCUUUAGGUGUUUUGGGCUGUGGGCAGAGAGACCUCAAAUGACAGUGAGCUUUAAGCACCUAAGAGGUCGGAGUGAGGUUCCCUCCAACUCAUCUUUGCCGAGGAACCGAGGGCUGGAGUCGGGAGAAGGCUUGACCCCUUAAGGCUGAAUGACACAGAUUCCAAUCCCUCCUCCACCUCGGUCUCAGGGGCCGGGCCUUCACACCCCAGGGGGGAGAGAAGGAGGCUGGCUCUGGACUGGGGAAAAAAAAGGGGGUGGUGGGGGAGACUUUGGUGAUGGACAAACCGGUUGUUUCUGCGUUGGAGGGCUAGCCUGGGGGUGUGGGGGCUGUGGUAGGGGUGGGAAGGUGAUUGGCAGCGCCCCGGGGGCAUCCCCACCCCCAUCGCCCAGGCCUUUAACCCUUCACUCCCUACCGGCCUUCCCAAGCCUUCUUAGCACCACCAGAUCUGUGAUAGGGAAAGGGGGGCAAAUCACCUCCUUCCUGUUUCCUUCCUAGGGUCCCCUAAGUUGGAGUGACCCCUUAAUUGGUGAAAUCUUCAAUAUCAGCCACCAGCCUCUUUCCCUUUUGUCCAGUUUUGGAGUUUCUUCAGAUUUCUCUUUGCUUUUUGUUCAUAAACUGAUGGUGAAAGAGCACCCCCCACCUUGGUAAAUUGGCCUUCUCCCCAAGUUGCUCUUCAUAGGAAGAGGGGCAGUGCUGAGGGACCCUGCCCCAUUGAGGAGUUUGCCUGGGGAAGGGGCUGGGGACUGUCCCAGGGAAAGUAAUGGAAGGUGGAAGAAAUCAAUAAAGUCAGACCAAACAA